AACGUAGCCUCUGUCCAUAUCCUGUAUUAGUGCAUGACAUUUACGUAAACUGUACUUUAACGGGUCGUGCAAAAAAACCAACGUUCACGUCCUUGGAGCGUUUCUACAGGACCCUUAUACAAACUUACGUCACUGUGAAUCGGUACGAGUUUUGAAAUGCGGGUAUAGCAGUUGUAGAAGCUGCUUCAGAGUGCAUUAGCCUGAAGCGGUGAGCUGCUGAACUGGAGUAGGUUUGCGUAGUUAAGCUAAGUUUUUAUUCUGCUACCGCAUCCUAACAUGGAGGCUCUUGGAGUCUUUGGCACCACUCUCGGAUGCUCAGCGUGUUUCGUGGUGUGUGGGCUUGUGUUUGCAGCCCACAGACUUGGAUUAAUAUACCAGCUCUUUCACAAGGUUGAAACACAGAGUCCACGACAUGGUGGUGAGAGCGUGGCAGAAGUGCUCCGUGCCCAUGGGGUCAAGUUCAUUUUCACUCUAGUUGGUGGACACAUCUCACCUAUCCUGGUUGCUUGUGAGAAGGUUGGCAUCCGCGUUGUGGACACCCGACACGAGGCCACCACUGUCUUCGCUGCUGACGCUGUGGCGAGACUGUCAGGUACUGUUGGCAUAGCAGUGGUCACUGCUGGCCCAGGCCUCACCAACACAGUGACAGCGGUAAAGAACGCGCAGAUGGCUGAAUCUCCAUUGCUACUCAUGGGUGGAGCUGCUGCUACUCUACUUCAGGGCAGAGGAGCGUUGCAAGAUAUUGACCAGAUGUCUCUGUUCAAGCCGCUGUGUAAGUUUUGUGCAUCCAUCAGGACUAUCAGAGAGAUCGUGCCCACUGUCAGGAAGGCACUGGCUAUCGCCCAGUCUGGAACCCCUGGUCCUGUUUUCAUAGAAUUCCCCAUCGACACGCUUUACCCCUACCACCUGGUAUCCAGAGAGCUUGGGGUAAAGAGCACUCCCAAAGGCCUGAUGGGAAAAAUUGUGUCUUGGUAUCUCACUAACCACAUGAAGAACCUGUUUGCUGGAGCCUGGGAAACCAGAGAUGUGUCGCCGCUUCCUGUUGACAUUCCAUAUGCCACAGAUGAUCAGGUACAAAGGUGCAUAGAGAUGGUGAGUCGAGCCAAGAAACCUGUUAUUCUGCUGGGUAGCCAAGCCACAUUACCACCAACGCCGGUCGAUGACCUUCGGAAGGCAUUGGAGGAUCUGGGCAUCCCCUGUUUUCUGGGGGGAAUGUCUCGUGGCCUAUUAGGUAAAAACAGUCCCAUCCACAUCAGACAGAACAGGAGAGAUGCUCUAAAGGAAGCUGACUUGGUGCUCUUAGCAGGCACUGUGUGUGACUUCCGCCUGAGCUAUGGCCGAGUUCUCAACAGACGGAGCAAGAUCAUCGCUGUCAACAGAGAUAAGACCCAGCUUCUGAAAAACUCGGAUAUGUUUUGGAAGCCAACUUUAGCAAUUCAGGGUGACACUGGUUCAUUCUUGGUGCAGCUCUCUAAAGGCCUGAAGGGCCAUCGCUGUCCGGACGAGUGGCCUCAAACCCUCAAAGCAGGCGAUGUAACCAAAGAAACUGCAAACAGGGCUAAAGCCGAUGAGAAGACUGAUCGCCACUUGAAUCCCCUGAAAGUUUUACACUGUGUUGAUGAGCUCAUGGCAGAGGACAGCUUCAUUGUUGCUGAUGGCGGAGACUUUGUUGGGAGUGCUGCUUAUAUAAUGAGACCACGAGGGCCUCUUCGAUGGCUAGAUCCAGGAGCCUUUGGAACACUUGGAGUUGGAGGAGGAUUUGCCCUGGGGGCAAAACUAUGCCGUCCUGACUCUGAGGUGUGGAUAGUGUAUGGUGAUGGAUCCUUAGGAUACAGCGUUGCCGAGUUUGACACAUUCACAAGACACAAGACACCAGUUAUAGCACUGGUGGGAAAUGAUGCAUGUUGGAGUCAGAUCUCCAGAGACCAGGUUCCCAUCCUUGGCAGCAACGUGGCAUGUGGCCUUGCAUUCACGGAUUAUCACAUAGUGACAGACGGUUACGGGGGUAAGGGCUACCUUAUAGGGCGUGAGGAUGAGGACAGGUUGAGCGACAUCAUCAGACAGGCUCAGAAGGAGACCCGGGAGGGCAAGGCGACACUUCUCAAUGUUCUGAUAGGGAAGAGCAACUUUAGAGAGGGCUCCAUCUCUGUCUAGCCCUGUAGUGUAUUCCCUUUCUCAUAAACUUUGGCUGCCUUCUUAGAGUUUUACUAUCAGGCUCGAUUAAGGAAUCCAGCAAAUGGGUGUUAAGAGUCCUGACCUGACCUCUGCUAAUCCUAUGUGCCCUUAAUGCCAUCUUUCUCUUUGUCUACAAUAUGUGGAUCUCUCAUAAGAGUUCAGGUGCAUCACUCAUCAGAUUUUUCACAAAUCAUACAAAUGAUACAUCUACAAAUACCAGUAAUAUCUUUUUAUUACUAUUCAUGGCCACUUAGUUUAUUACUGUAAAUGUGUUGCCGUUAUUAAUUAUGAAGAUCAAUUUGUACUGAAAAAGUUGCAGAUUCACCAGCCUAGAAACUUCUGUGUGUGACUUUAAGUAUCAUGUGUUCUUUGAAAGACAAUUGCUCCAUUUGAAGAAGGGAAUAUGGAAAAGACCCUCAGGUCCAUGAAGUCUCACAGCUGUGAUAGUUUUAUGUUUAAUUAGCAGAAUACAUUGAAUACAAGUGGGGAAAAGUUAUUUGAAUGUUGAUGACUGAAGUUGAAUAUCUCACUGUAUCUUUGAAUAUAUUGAUAUAUGUAGACUGAAUGUGUGUCUGCUGAUUCAGUUAUGGAUUUAAAAUUAGUGGUGGACAGAUAGAGGGUAUUUUAAUGAAUGUGAAUAAUUGGAGAAAAGUGGUCAAUAUGAAAUACCAGUAUUGUGUUUUUUUCUUGCAUCUGAUAAAAUAUAAAAAUCUAUUAAUGAAGCACAAAAUUACAGAACACAAGUGAACAAAUAAUGAUCAUGUCUUUACACUAAUUGCACUAAUUAUAAAGUUAAAGGUAAUCUAAUUGGAAAUGAAAUUGUUCAGACAUGUUGAUUAUCUCAAAAUGCCACAUAAUGGGCCCAUAUUAAUCAAUCGAUAAAUUGAUUUGUGAUUAAUUUGUAUAAUAUUUAAUGUUAACUUAUAUGCAGUGGUGUUUGUUUCAAAUAUUCCUAUACACAUAUUGCAAUUCUAAUUUAUUCACACAAAGUGAAAUGUGUGUACCAUCUCACUCCAGUAUGCUGUUGGUUGCUGUGUCAUUUGGUACCCUUAAGGGUAAGACUGGGAGUAUGAGAACAUUUCCAUCAUAAAAUGUUGGUUUGGAUUUAUCGUUAAUAAAGGGAAAAUAAAGUGGAAAAAUGGC